AUCAAGUGAAAGUGUCAAAUAAUAUCUUAAAUUUCAACAAGUAGAGCUAAUGAACUGAUUGAUACAAUACCAAGGAUCUCAUUAGACCAUGAGCUACGCGCGAUGGUGUUAAGUUCAAUCGUCUGCAUUAAUCGCAUUCCGCUCGUAUACCACUUAGCUUGGAUUCAAAAUGUUUGCUUUUGAAGACUCUUCAAGAUGAUAACAGGAUUUCUUACCUUUGUGGUUUUGGGGCUCUGGAUGGUUAGGCCAGUGAAUACCUCAGAAUCAAAGGUGAUAGGCGUGUCAAUAUCAUGUUUUCCAACACACAUCGAGAUAUCCCUUCUACGCGAGUCCUUCCCAGGCGUCAACAUGUCUGUGCUGUACCUACGAAGUUCAUCGUGCCAGCCAUCCACGAACUCGUCCCACGUGACCUUCAAAGCUCCCUUAUAUGGAUGUCAGACGCGCCUGGUUAACAUCGGUGGAUAUUAUGCUUUUGAUAACGUGGUUCAAGGAGUUAGCCCGAGUAUUAAAGUUACGUGUGUCUACGAGACCAAACCCAGUGGUGACUCUGAGGAAUGGAGCGAUUCAAUUAAGAUGACAGCACAGCUGAGCUUGUACAGAGAUUCCAAAGUUUCCCUUCCUUUGUCGCCUGGAGAAGUCGUAAGGUUUGAACUACAGAAGCCUCAAGAUUUGUUCUUUGACUUACAAAUCAUUCCAAACCAGAAUGAGUUGAGGGUUUGUUUGUUCGUCAAGUUCUGUGGGUUAUUCGUCGAAGAUGAAGUCCUGUCACUGAUAGAGAAUGGACAAGAAAACAAGAUGACUACAAGGAUGCUGUUCACGUCGAAUCAGCGCAUAAUCUUCAGGGUCAAUGCUUCAUUCCUCGUGACGUCAAUAAACCCGAACACCAGGUUGAGAGCAUUAUGCACUGUGAUUGGCUACCACGAGAACAGAACACAAGAAACAAAGACUAGCAAUGUAAUCAAAGACUGCAGUGGUAACCAUGACGACAAGCGCCAUGGUAACGCUAGUGACUGCCAGGAAUCGAAAGAAGAGCUAGAUUCCAAAGAGCCUGGCAGAAAUUCAACUGAUUGCAGCUGUGAACAGAAAGGAACUCUUGAAGAUAACCAAACGAAAGCUAGUUGUAACGAAAGCUGCGCGAACAAUGUUACAUUGAAAGGAACUAUUGAAGUUAACCAAACGAAAGCUAGUUGUAACGAAAGCUGCGUAAAUAAUGUUACGUCUCCUUUUAGUCGUGACGGAAAACUACGGAGGAAGAGAGAGGUGGAAGACGAAGGAUUCCCGGGUACUGUUAGCCGAGAGAACAACAACACAAUACAAUCUUCAUUCGGUAAUAACGGCAACAACAGUCUAGAAACAGUAUUCAAUGACACCUUCAGUGAGAAACACGUCUGUUCGUCGCCUGAUUGGAACGGGAAACCUGUGUCAUUACUGGUGGAGAAGGAAUGGACUGCAAAGCCAAGUGUUCCAAAAGUUGAUUUGAAAUGGUUUGAAAAAGAUGACGCACGACACGUGCCUAAGAAUAUCACAAAUGAUGUCAACACAACUGUAGUAGCUCUGGCAGUUGAAUCAACAGAAGGAAGAAUCCCCUCCGCUGCACUUCUACUGGCAUUUUCGUAUCUAUCUUUAUUACUAGUUAUUGGACCCGUGCUGUUGGUCUACAUGUGGGACAGGCGCAACCAGAAGAAACGAAGACGCUACAAACAACACACUAGAAUUGCGCGCGGCUGUUCUCAAGCAAGGCUACUGCUGACCAGAGAACAAUCCGUUGCUUGAGCCUCGUAGUUUGCUGUACAAGUAAAAUGAAG